AUGACUACUACCUUUACUAGGAGCUACAGUGCGGCUCCUGCCGUGUACGGCGGAAGAUACAGAGACUACUGGCGUGGUGGAAACGACGCCAGCGAGAGGAGUCAGUCGAGGGGAAGGUCGCAAUGGAGGACCUUCAACCGGGACUGGGAUACCUGGGAUAAGAAGGGAUACUACUACUCCUAUUACGGCAGCAGCGAUCGCAGUCCAUCUCGUGGUCGCUAUGGCUCGUGGAGUCGCUACUACGGCAAGACUGAUGAUGACUGGUACAGUUAUAAGGACUACUCUAAUGAGGGGUAUUGGGUCGGCAAUUGGUGGUACUGUGGCGAUGGCGACUGGUAUUGGAGUCGUGAUACGGGUUAUAUUAAGUGGAAGAAGGAAGAAGAGCAGGAGGAGAGAGAUUACUAUGAUGAUGAUUAUAAUAAGACCUCUGACUACUGGGAAUAUACUGCUGAGACACCCAAGAAUGACUGGACUGGAGAGCAGUGGGCUGCGCUAGAGGACCGCCAAGGAACUUGGUGGAAUAGUGAAGAUUGGAAUAAGGGAUAUUAUUACGACUAUGGUAAGAGCGGUGAGAACAGCGAUGGGCACUGGGAUGGUCGUGUUGAUUAUGGCUGGCAUCUGAGCUCUAAGUUCCCUAGGGCACCCAAGACUCUGGACGAACAUUACGAACCUCAUGAAGACGUCGGGACGCCAGGUAAUCCCUAUAUCCCACUUAGGGACUCUGCUGAGGUGUCUUGGACCCAACCGUCGCUAUCGCCCCCUUCGGCUGAGCCCUCGAUGCAAGAGCAACAUCCAAUAGCUGUUGCAGAGGAAACAGUGGUAGAGGAGACUGGUACGGUGCCAGGGGAGGAGAACAGCCGAAUGAACAGUGAAGAGGUUGACAAGAAUGAAGAAGUUGGGUGUUAGUUAUUUCAUAUCAUCAAUAUGAUUAUUAUGCUUUUUGGAGAUGUUUGACGGUACAUUAUUGUUCUUGGAGGAGCUGCAUUUGCUCGCCCAUUUCGGCCUCGUAUUGUGCGAGCGUUCGAGACCCCUAAGAAUGGUGCUAUG